AUGUUGCAAGGUUUAAAUGUUCCGCCUCUAUUUUCUAUUAAUAGAGAAGAGAUACUUAAACCUGUUCAAUAAGCAUAGGUAGAGCAGGUCCCAACCAAAUAAACUGUUGAUUUUAAAGAGAUUGAUUUGAAUCCACCAAAUAAAACUUUAUAUAUCAAUAGAUUAAAUGAGAAAGUGACUGCUGAGGAAAUGAGAUAAACAUUAUUUGCAUUAUUUUCAUAAAGUGGAAAAGUGCUUGAUAUAAUUGUCAAGAAAAAUAUUUUAAUGAGGGGACAGGCUUUUAUUUUAAUGGAAGAUGAAGAAGCGGCAAUAAAAGCCCAAAAAGCAUUUCAUAAUACUUAAUUGUAUGAUAAAGUUAUGAAAGUGAAUUUUGCUAAAGAAAAAUCAUACUAUAUUUCAAAAGGAGAUUAUGAGGAGAAGGAGAAGUUGCCUAUGAGUGACAAAAUAAAAGAACAUAAAAAGAGAAUUCAAGAUAAAAGAUAAAGGGAAAUGAUCAAUUAGAAAUAAUAACGAGAAGCACCAACUAUAUCUAUGCCUUUAGCAGUGAAUCAAUAUUAUUAUAUAUUUAAUUCUUCGAUUCCAAAUUAACCAAAUAAAGUCUUAUUUGUUGAGGGAUUGCACUUGGUUGACUUUGUUAACUUGGAACAGCACUUUAGAAACUUUUACGGGUUUAGAGAGUUCAGAGGAAUCAAACCAAAAGGUGUGGCCUUUGUUGAAUUUGAAGACGAACUCUAGGCGACUAAUUGUUUGAAUGAAUUGAAUGGGACCCAGUUCGAAGAAGUCACAUUAUAAAUAAGUUAUCAGAAAAAAUGA